CCGGCUGCCGCGGAGCCCUCCGAGUCCUAGCGCCUGACCCUGCGCGCCGCUGCGGCUGGCCGGACCGACCGCCUCGCCACAGGUUUUCUACAAAUGCCCAUACUAUCAUAGAUAAAUCAGUGAAUAUUAUAAAAUGGUUUGAUAUGGUUUGUAAUAAUCUAUUUGUGCCCAAUUUCUGGAACAAUGCAUAAGGAUUAAUUUAUUUUUGGAAAUCAAGUGCAAUAAUAAAAGGAAAAUAAACCACACAACAUUAUUGGAAGCCAUUUCUGCUAAUUUUAUUACAUUUUAAAAUUUAUGAUUUGAUUUGAAUACUAUCAUGGGAGGAGCUGUGAGUGCUGGGGAAGAUAACGAUGACUUAAUUGAUAAUUUAAAAGAAGCUCAGUAUAUCCGCACUGAAAGAGUGGAACAAGCCUUCAGAGCAAUUGAUCGUGGAGAUUACUAUUUGGAAGGCUACCGAGACAAUGCUUACAAAGACUUAGCCUGGAAACAUGGGAACAUACACUUGUCAGCACCUUGCAUUUAUUCUGAAGUUAUGGAAGCAUUGAAACUUCAACCAGGAUUGUCUUUUCUUAACCUGGGAAGUGGAACCGGAUAUUUAAGUACAAUGGUGGGCUUAAUUUUAGGUCCUUUUGGAAUAAAUCAUGGGAUUGAGCUUCAUUCAGAUGUGGUGGAAUAUGCCAAGGAAAAGCUGGAGAGCUUCAUCAAAAAUAGUGAUAGCUUUGAUAAAUUUGAGUUCUGUGAACCUGCAUUUGUGGUUGGUAAUUGCCUCCAGAUAGCAUCUGAUAGUCAUCAAUAUGAUCGAAUUUAUUGUGGAGCUGGAGUCCAGAAAGACCAUGAAAAUUACAUGAAAAUAUUACUAAAAGUUGGAGGCAUUCUAGUAAUGCCUAUAGAAGAUCAGUUAACACAAAUUAUGCGAACUGGACAAAACACUUGGGAAAGUAAAAAUAUCCUUGCUGUUUCAUUUGCUCCACUUGUGCAACCAAGUAAGAAUGAUAAUGGCAAACCAGAUUCUGUGGGACUCCCUCCUUGUGCUGUCAGGAAUCUGCAGGACUUGGCUCGUAUUUAUAUUCGACGCACACUUAGAAAUUUCAUAAAUGAUGAGAUGCAGGCCAAAGGGAUUCCUCAAAGGGCUGCACCCAAAAGGAAAAGAAAGAGAGUUAAACAGAGAAUUAAUACUUAUGUAUUUGUGGGUAAUCAGCUUAUUCCUCAGCCUCUAGACAGUGAAGAAGAUGAAAAGAUGGAAGAAGAUAACAAAGAAGAGGAAGAGAAAGAUCACAGUGAAGCCAUGAAGCCAGAGGAGCCACCUCAGAAUUUACUGAGAGAAAAAAUCAUGAAGCUGCCCCUACCUGAAUCUUUAAAAGCUUACUUGACAUAUUUUAGAGAAAAGUAACUUAGAUCAAGAAGAAAGAAUGCCUACUGAUAAUUCCUUUAGUCUUGAAAAUGUAGCAUUUGUUAGGAGUUAAAAGCAAGAAUUCUUUCAUCAGAGCAAUUAUAGUGGAAAAACUUAUAACUUAUUUCUGUUUUAGUAAUAAAAAUGAUGUAUUCAGUGAUUAAAAAGAAUCCCUUUUAUAAAAUCUAUUUUUCUUUAAAUCUUGGAAAAAUUGCUGUUUUAACUCAGAGUGACUUCAGGAGUGGAAUGCAACGAUAGUCAAGACUUUGUGUACUGUAAAUCUUUUUCUGAUUCGUUACAGAUUUGUAGUGAUUAGGGUUAGGUUUAAUUUUAUAUAAGGUUAAAAAAUUAUUAAGCUUAUGUAAUCUGAUUUGAAUUGCAGUUUGCAUUUCCUCUAUGAAAACUUUCUUAUCUAAUAAGGAAAUCAAAUGCUUUGUAGACCCACUUACUUUAUUUACAUUUGUUGCAAUCACUAUUGCUGAGUUGCUAUAGAUGUAUUCCGGGCAAUAUGAGUGCAAUAACAAUACAGAUAUUGAAUAAUUUAGCUUUAAAAAAAAAAAGCAAGUUUUAUGGACUGCAACAGCACUGCUACUUUUGCUUUUGAAUCUAUUGCCAAAAAACCUGGGGACAAUAUCUGCUUCUCUCAUAGAGAUUUUAAGAGCACAUCAAGUGACUAUUAAGGUAAAAAAUGUAUACACUUAAUACAGCCCUUAAUUUGUAUGGACCUUUACAUUUUCAGUAUUUAAAAAUAUUGAGGUUAUCAUACUCUGGAAUUUUAGAAGAUAGGUUUAGGAUUGUUUUUUCUAUAGUCCACUGUAAUAAAGUAUUAGGUUAAAAAAUCCAUUAUUCUGUGACUGUUGAUAGCAAAGACAGUGAAUGAAAUAAGCAUGCGUGAUGGCUACUUUGUUGGUGACUGCAUUUAGCAGGGUCAGUAUAGAGUUGGUCAGCAGGCGCACUUUAAAUGGAACUUUUAGUUCAUCUGAAUAUUUAUCUUUGACAAGAUAAGAUUGAACUAGCUGACAUUUGCUCUGAAAUUCAUCUUUGUAGAAUAAGAAAUACCUACAGAAUUGUACGUAGCUGCCUUUUGCUUUGAAAAUCUUGUUUGGAAUCAUAGUGUGAACUUUGGGACCUAUGUGUGCUCAUUUAACUUCUCAUGCUAUUUUUGUUUCUUUAGGUAAAAUAAUGAUUUUAAUUUUUUGCAUAAUAUCACUUACUUUAUCCACCAUUUUGAAUGUUAGUUGUGAUUUAUCAGUGAGAAAAUAGGUAAAUAAAUGCCAUUAUUUGCUUCUUUUCUUCCUAUUAGAGCCUAAAAAGUCAUUCCUUGUUAAAUAUACAAUGUAACAUAUAACUUAGUGUUACAUGUAUUAUAUAUUUUUUAAAAGGAAAAAUUUGAGAGUAUCACUUAUUACCACCAGCAUCACUCUUGCAGUAGUUGAUCAAAUAUGCUUAAGGAAAUCCUAUCAAUAUAUAACGGAAGGUUUGUUAAUCACUGCUAAAACUCAGUUAUUACCAAUACAUAGAUGGUUUAAAAAAUCUGAGCUCUUGUAUUUCCACACCUAAAAACAAAUUUUUGAAAUAUUCUAAAUAUGAAUCAUCCCAAGUAAAUGAGCAUAUUUUAGUAAUGUGAAAAAAAAUUUCAUAGAAGGUAUUUAUUUUAAGUUAGUGACUAGGGCUUGGGUUUUGGGGUUGUGGGUAUUUCCACACUUCUUACGUGGUUACUUAGCUGUUAUUGUUAAGAAAUGCCCCAUCACAUUUCUAUCAAAAAAAAUAUAUUCAUACAGUUGUGAUCUGUUAGAUAUGUUUAUUUUAUUUUGAAUUAAAUGUUAAAGCUUAAUCUUGAGUUCCUGAUGCCCAUAUAUUUUUCUCUAGAAAACAUAGGGAGCUUUCUCAUCUUAUUCUUGCCCCCAGCACACACCACUUGUUGUUGCAGCUGGUGUCCAACUAUGUAAACAUGUCUUCAUAAAUAAUUUUGCUAUUUACAAGAGAGUUUUGUUAAGGAUAUAUUUGAAGAUUGAUUUUUUUCAUACCAUCUUUCAUUCUCUUGACCUUAGCAAAGUGUACAAUAGAUUUCAUGAUCAUUGCAUAUUUUUGUUAUUGAAAUGUAUCUUUGUUUUUAAAUGCAUUCAUUUUACAUUGUGACUUUAUUAUUGACUUUAAAUAAAGAAGCAGAAAUAAAAAAAUGAAAAUUCAAAUUAAAGCCCUUUUUUCUAUUAAUUGUAGUAUGUUAGAAUGAUUAAGAAAUUUUGGGUUUGUGUUUAUAUUCUAAUGAAUUCAUGUUUACUUGAGUGUGGAUGAUUACGAUUUGUAGAUGAAGUAGCAAAUAAAGAUGAAAUAAAAUUAAAUGAAAAUGGUGAGGAAUGUAUUCAUGGAAUUUUUAAGCCAGAUAAAAAAAUACAAAUAAUUUAGUCUUUACUUUUGCAGUGAGAAAUUAGGCCUGGGGAGGUAGCAUAAUUUUCUUAAGUCAUUCAGCUAGUUGGAGACAACUUGAAAUAGCAUAUAGCAUCUAAUCCAAGAAAUGGUCAAUACCAAAAAGUACAAUACCAAAAAUACCAUAAUACCAAAAAAGUAAUUCACACUGUCUAUUCGUCAAUAUAAUUGGAUCUAGUGUUAAUAUAAAAAUUAGCAUUAAUUAAAAAAUUAGCAUAAACAUUAAAAUAUAACCUGUUAAAUCUGGUUUCCAACAGGAUAAAGUGAAGCAAAACUUGAUAAAAUAUGGGCAGACUUGGAAAAUUAUUUUAAAUAAACAUUGCAUAUGAUUAUGCAUCAUUCUCCAGUGGCCUGACUUUUCUUUUUCUCUUCAAAAAAAUCUCAUUACACUUGGGGAUACAUGCAGAGUUUAUGAGGUGCACUUGUCUAUUUUUGGACAUCUUGUUUCCUUUUGACUUUGCCAACUCUGAAGAGUGUGGACUUAAAAUUUAUAAAAUAUUCAGUAGAUCUAAAGGAUAUAAGAUACGCAAAGUACAAGGAAUAGUAAUUCUGUGUACCUGUAAGUACAUGUAUGUCCCUAUUACUAGGUUGGUUUGACCACCAUCAUUACUAAUACUUGUGUAUCCCUUCCCAUCUCAUCUUCAUUGCUUCCAUUUUAGGGAUAACCCUGUGUUUAUCAAGGCCUUGCUUUUUACCAUAAUUUUAUAACAUAUGCUUGGAUCUCUAUAAAUAACCUGAUGUCAAGGAACAGAUCAUCUAUAUUAUAUGUUAUGAUUUCAUAUUUUAUAUUGAAAUCUAACCCAUUUUGAAUUUUUUUGUAUGGUGGUAGUGGUAUGGUUUCGUGAGGUCUGUAUUUUCCUGUAUAAGCUUUCCUCUUAGCAACAAUUUUGCUGCAUCCUACAAAUUCUGGUAAUGUAACUUCUUUUCAUUUUUCCGCUGAUUCUAUGUAUGUGUAUAUUUUACACACAUAAAUGUGCACGUGUGUGUGUAUACACACUUUGAUGUCCAUCUUAGCUCAGUAGGUUUUCAUUAGUAUGUUUUUUAGUCUUCACAUAUUUUUGGUUUUCCCCUCUUUUGGUUGAUUUCUAGUUUCAAUACCAUUUGUUCUGAAAAGAUGCUUGAUGUGCUUUCACUCUUCAUAAAUUUAUUGAAACUUGUCUCAACAUAUGAUCUAUCCUUGAGAAUUUGCUAUAUUUGAGGAAAAAAGUAUAUUUUGUUGUUUGGGGGUCAAAUACUCUGUAAAUACUAAGUUCAUUAAAUCUAAUUUGUCAUUUAAGGUCAUUUUUACAUGUUGAUAAUCUGUCUAGGUGACCUAUUCAUUGAUAUAAGUUGUUUGUUAAAAUCUCUAUUAUUGCUUUGCUGUCAGUGACUCCCUUUAGAUCUGUUAAUGUUUGCUUUAUGUAUGUUGAUGCUGCUUUGUUGGGUGCAUUAAAAUGUGUUGGUGUGCUUAAAAAAAGAAUAUUGUGCGGUUCAGUGGUUGUAUCCUAUAAAUGUCAUUUG